AUGGAGACCCAGAGGGCCAGCCUCUCCCUGGGACGGUGCUCACUGUGGCUCCUGCUGCUGGGACUAGUGCUGCCCUCGGCCAGCGCCCAGGCCCUCAGCUACAGGGAGGCCGUGCUUCAUGCUGUCGAUCGCAUCAAUGAGCAGUCCUCAGAAGCGAAUCUCUACCGCCUCCUGGAGCUUGACCCGCCUCCCAAGGACGAUGAGAAUCCAAACAUCCCGAAGCCUGUGAGCUUCAGGGUGAAGGAGACUGUGUGCCCCAGGACGAGCCAGCAGCCCGCGGAGCAGUGUGACUUCAAAGAGAAUGGGCUGGUGAAGCAAUGUGUAGGGACAGUCACUCUGGAUGCAGUGAAAGGCAAAAUGAACAUCACCUGCGAGGAGUUGCAGAGUGUUGGGAGAUUUAAACGAUUUCGUAAGAAGUUCCAAAAACUCUGGCGCAAAGUUGGCCCAUUCGUUGGCCCAAUACUCAGUUAUGGGUAA